AUGUCCCAGCAACAGCAAUCAAAUCCACAGCAACUAUCUUAUACCAUUUGGUCUCCACAAGAUACUGUAAGGGAUGUAGCGGAGUCUUUAGGUGUUACAACUGUUAGUGAUGAUGUCCUUAGAUCUUUAGCUAUGGAUGUUGAGUAUCGUAUUUUGGAGAUUAUUGAACAAGCGGUGAAGUUUAAAAGGCAUAGUAAGAGAGAUGUCCUAACUACUGAUGAUAUAGCAAGAGCUCUAAGAGUUUUGAAUGUUGAACCUCUAUACGGCUAUGAGGAUAAUUCAACUCGUGAUAAGGAAGUCUCAUUUAACAAAUUCACAGGCCAAGGGGGGCAGGUGAUGUAUUAUUUGGACGAUGAAGAAGUAGAUUUUGAUAAGCUGAUUAACGAGCCUUUGCCUCAUGUUCCUAGAUUACCGACUUUUACAACCCAUUGGUUAGCAGUUGAAGGAGUACAGCCGACAAUUCCUCAAAACCCAAACCUAAAUGAUUUAAGAAUGACUCAACCUCCACUUGUUAGAGGUGCAAUUGUAACUGCACUGAAUGAUACUUCUAUUCAAACUGCAGUUUCUGAAGAGAAAUCGGAACAUGUUUCGCAGGUGAAACCUGGUCAAGCGACAGAAAUUAAACCUCUAGUAAAACAUGUUUUAUCUAAGGAGUUACAAAUAUUCUUUAACAAGGUUGUUGGUGCGCUAACCUCUAAAGAACAAACAAUGAAUGCGCAGCAUAUGAAGGCAGCUGCGUUGACAUCUUUAAAAUCAGAUACCGGUUUGCACCAGCUAGUCCCUUACUUUAUUCAAUUUAUUGCCGAGCAAAUUACACAUAACCUAUCAGACCUUGAUCUGUUGACUACAAUGCUUGAAAUGAUAUACUCCUUGCUAAGCAACCAGUCUAUUUUUCUGGAUCCAUACAUUCAUUCCCUAAUGCCUUCGAUACUCACUUUGUUACUUGCAAAGAAAUUAGGCGGCACACCUCCAUCAAAUUCAAGUGAUGCUCGUAAAGAUUUUCUAGAAAAGACAAAUGCAUUGCGAGAUUUCUCAAGUACUCUUUUAGAACAUGUUUUAAAGAAGUUCCCUCAAGUUUAUAAAUCACUAAAGCCAAGAGUCACAAGAACACUGCUCAAAACCUUCUUGGACUCUAAUUGUUCAUUUGGGACUUAUUAUGGCUGUAUCCUUGGAGUACGUGUAUUGGGUAAUGAAACUAUAAGGUUCUUCUUAGGAAAUCUACAAAAUUGGGCAAGGUUAGUUUUUGAUGAAGCAAAUACAUCUUUAGAGAAUUUUGAGAUAAAAGAGACUUCGAAGCUAUCUAAGGACGAGGUUCAACUUCUGGCGGAAGUUAUGGUCAACGCAUUGUCUCUUUUGAAGUCUGAUUUGCCCAAGGGCUUCAAGCCUGAGGAAGACACUAUAACUGAAAAAGAUAAGGCCAGAUUAGUAGAUAGAGUUGGUGUCACUAUCUUAAGUUUUCUGCUAGCCAGAGACGAUGCUAAGUUAAUCACGGAAGCCAUCUUCUUUGGUGAGGUUUAG